UCCCACUAGUUUACUGAACCCUGCAAGCCUUGUCAGGCAGGAUGGAGACUAAACGCGUCUGGUGGCUGUGAUUUGGGCUUUUGUUAUGAUGGGCUGUUCCCCUAAACUCACCGUGUCAGUUUAAAACAUAUCGUUCAUCCAGUCUGUCAGUCAAUCAGUCGCUCGUUACCUUUUCACUAGAUUUUUCCCUGAACUCCAAGGCUCUCCAACAUGGAGAGAUCCGAUAGCAUUUCCCUGCCCAGCAUUGAGGCCCAGCAACCUCAAGGACAGGUCACUGACAAGAACGAGACCAAAGACAACAGUCAGAAUGCAACCAUUGCAGCUUCUCAUUACCCUUCAGGGAUCAAAUACUAUCUUGCAAUUGCAACCUUGUGCCUGGCAAUAUUCCUCGUCACCUUGGACAGCACCAUCAUAGCCACAGCGACGCCCUACAUCUCUGACGACUUCCACUCGCUGGGCGAUGUCGGCUGGUACAGCAGCGUCUACACCAUGGUCAUCUGCACGACCCAGCUCCUCUUCGGCAAACUUCUUGCCCGCUACUCCGUCCGCUGGAUCUACAGCAUCUCAAUGCUGUUCUUCCUCGUAGGCUCCGCCGUCUGCGGCGCAGCGCCCAACUCGCACUCCCUCAUUAUCGGCCGCGCCAUCGCCGGCGUAGGCUGCUCAGGACUCCUAGUCGCGGCCUUCUCUCUCGUUCCCAUCCUCGUUGCCCCAGCCAAACGCCCCAUCCUCCUCGGUCUCCUCUCAGGAUCCCGCGGACUCGCCACGACAUUCGGGCCUUUGAUCGGAGGUGUCCUUACUGAGAAGGUCUCCUGGCGGUGGAACUUCUACAUCAACCUCCCCAUAGGCGCCGUCAUCCAAAUCGCCUUCUUCUUCCUCGUCCAUCCGCCUAAACGAGACCACGAAGCCUUCACCUCGUGGACCGAGUUCCUCAAGACCCUCGACCUCUUCGGCCUCGUAGCUCUCCUCCCAUCCAUCGUCUGCCUCCUCCUCGCCCUACAAUGGGGCGGUCUCAAAUACGCCUGGCAAGACGCCAGAGUCAUCGUCCUGCUAGUUCUCGCAGGCAUCUUCGCCAUCGCAUUCAUCAGCGUGGAGAUAUGGCAAGGUCCCAACGCCAUGCUCCCUUCGAGGGUAUUCACCCAACGCACCGUCUCAGCAGCAUCCUUCUUCGGCUUCUGCACCGUCAGCGCCAUCUUCGUCCUCACAUAUUACCUUCCCAUCUGGUUCCAAGGCGUCAAAUCCGCGACCCCGAUCCAAUCCGGCGUUUGGACCCUCCCAUGGGUAAUAACCAGCACGAUCAUCUCCCUAGCGGGCGGGAUCCUAAUGUCCAAAGUCGGCCAUCCGGACAUAUUCAUGGGAAUCGCCAUAAUCUUCGGCGCCGUGGGCUCAGGCCUCUUCACCACAUUCACUGUCGACACGCCCACAGGGGAAUGGAUCGGAUAUCAAAUCAUCUUUGCCAUAUCGUCCAGUCUGUGUAGUGUCACCCCGUUGAUGGUGGCGCAGCACGCACUUCCCUUGAAGGAUAUUCCGAUUGGGUCGGGGUUGGUCAUGUUUUCGCAGACGGUGGGGGCGUCCAUAUUCGUCGCCGUCGCCCAAGCGCUCUUCACGAACGAGCUCAGUGCCGGGUUAGAGGGCACUGCAGUGGGUGAUGAUGGACUUGACGUGAGUGGUUUGUUGUCUGGGGGGAUUUCGACCCUUACGGAGGGGUUAUCUGGGGAGGGGAAGCGGGGGGUGUUGGUGGUGCUGAAUGAGGCGUUAACGAGGUCGUGGCAGUUGGCGGUGGUGUUGGAGUGCGUGGCGGUGAUUGGGGUGUUGGCGGUGGUGCAGGGGAUGAGGAUGAAGAGAGUUAGUGCUAGUACUUCAUAGUAGGUGGUUAUAAGUUGUUGGCUUGGGGUUUAGGUUAUUGCUGAGGUGAGGUGAGGUGAGGUGUGCUUGUAUAGGUAGUAGUAUAUUAGUACUAGUAGUACUAUAUAAGUUGUC